AUGGCUACUCGGAGUGAACUGCCCAAUGUCACGUCUGCUUUGGUCGACCUGUGUUUACACAGUGUCAUUCAGACGACCGCAUAUAACAGAAUGUCUUCACCAGGUCGCCGAAAGAUGAAGCAUGUGGGAAAAGUCUGCUGUCUAGGAGUUUUCUUGACGAUUAUCUCCCCUCGAUACGUUCUUCAGACAGAUUGGCAUAUUGCUGUAGCUGCUUUUGUUUUGAUAUGGAGUGCCACGGUCAUUCAUUCAGACAACCCCUUCUGGAGUUACUUUGUCUACACACAACAAUGGCCCGUGGCGGCCUGUAUCGAUGGUAAUGCCACCGGGCACGUCUGUGUGAUUCCGCAGAAUGUGACCACGUGGACAAUCCAUGGUCUCUGGCCUAGUGACCCAAAGACACCCGAAGAGCCGGCCAACUGCAAUUCCUCUUGGAAGUUUGACGAAAGACAAAUCUAUACCCUAGAAGAUGACCUGAAGAAGUUCUGGCCUAACCUCUACACGGAAAGUGAAACGACGGAGUUCUGGGCGCACGAAUGGGACAAACAUGGCACGUGCUCCACUAAUCUACCCAGUACCAACAACGAACAUAGCUAUUUCUCCACAGGCCUACUUCUCAAUAAACUGUACAAUCUGACGAGGCUUUUUGAACACUACAAUUUGCUUCCUGGUAAAGUGUACAAGCUGUAUGAGUUUCAACAGGCCAUAAAUGAAACAUACAAACAACAACCAAAUAUUGAAUGUGUCUUCAAUAAGGAAUUUGGAAAAGAAGAAAUCCAGUUCAUAUACCAGAUAGAACUUUGCUUGGAUAAGUCUUUCAAGGUUAUAAAAUGUCCCAGGCAUUCAGUGGUGAAGCAAAACAAGCUUGUUAUACACAACUCUACUUUGCAAGAAAUUGUGACAGGUCAAUGUAGCACGCGAAAACCUCUGCAGUACCUUAGUAUUCAACAUCUGUGAUUUGUACGCCACAGCAAUAACUUUAUUGGCUUUAAUUAUGGAAACUGGAUUAUUGUGUAGCAUAUGUAUAUUGGAAUACAUAUGGAUAAUCCUGUCAUGUAUAUAGGUUAUUGUGCAAAUUUAUAUAUUUUUGUACCUGGUGGUGUGAUGAUAAUUAGCCGUGGGUUUCCCCUGGGCCCUGCCCUAUUUCCGCCCACAUAAUGUUGGUCACCAUUGCAUAAGUGAAAUUUUCUUGAGUACAGUGUAAAAUACCAAUCAGGUAAAUAAAAUAAAUCGAUAGCUAAGCAUGAACUACCUCAAACCAGGAAUUGUGAAGGUUUUAAUUAAUGAUUGUAUAAGUGUCAUUUUAUUUCAACAUGUGGUUUUUGGUAUUUAGGAACUGUCUAUGUUAGAUAAUUUCCGUGUGAAAAGUUGUCAGUUGAUCAUGAUGUAAAAUUUGAUAUCAUCCUUAGAACUAGAUUGACGUUUUCCAUUUUUAUGUUGAUGAUUUGGUCGCACAUCAUUUAUUAGCACUCACUUACAUGCAAGAAUUUUCAAUUCAUGCAUGUAUGUAAUAUCAGGGAUAUCCGCAAUGAAGUUUCAUUGGUUGUUGCUCAUUAAACAAAUCAUAUUCUUCGUGCUGUUUCAUAUAGCCACUUAAUUAACAGGUAAGAUUCCACCCAUGUGAAUUCUGGUAUUAAUUCAUGAACUUUUGAAUUUUGGACAUUUUAUAACCUGAAUUUUAUUAGAAAUGAGAAAAUUGCAUGUCUAGAUGGGCUAUGGUUGAAUUUGAAAUCUGUUUAAGUUUCCAGACAUAUGGCUGAUUCAGUGGGUCAUUAAGCUUGGAAUGCUGCAGGCUCUGCAAAAUGUUGAAUGUACAAGUUUAAUGGUUGAAAAUCUUAAAAGGCUAUAUUGUUACAAAACUGUGGCCUCUGUGACCAAGGUAGUUAGUGUACCAGCACCGUGCAAUGACAUUAGUGCCUCUCACCAAUGCAGUCACUGUGAGUGUGUCAUCCUCUGUAGGCUAUCAAAUGCUGACAUUUAUAGAUAUGUACAGCAUAUUAAAAUUUAUGAUUUUCAUUCCAUAACCUAAACAAAAGAUAUUUUUUUUAUGAAUAUUGUACUAUUAACAUGAGCUGAUGAUUGCUUCAAGUGAAUUUUCCACAUUACCAUAUCUGCAUGUAAUUUUCUCACAGUUGUGCUGUGAUAUGGUGCAUAUACUCUUGCAGUUUGUAAAUGAUGUCUUAGUUGUUUUCAUUUGUCAUUUUUAUUUAAAAGUUGCAUAUUGUCCCAAAAAUUGAUGUCUGUGCAUGUUUUCUUCUAUUUUAUUGUUUAAAUUAUAUUUAUUUAGGAUGCCAGAAAUGACAUUUUUCUUUCUCUGUCUGGUGAACUGCCCAGCUUGUUACAUGUAAACUUUGUUUGUUACUACUGUAUGGAUGAAUGAGCCGAAACUUUGUGCAAAGAAAUUUUGUGGCACAGAUUUUUAAUCUGUAUAAUUCAGGCAAAGCAUAGAAGAUGAAUGGCAAGAGUUAGUGUUAUUAACAGGGAAAUUUUACAAAAUGGUUAAUAUAGAUUUAUGGGUGCCCUGGAAUAGAAGUUUUUAUUUGGUAUUUGUAAGUACAUGUAUUGAUAUCAGUUAAUUAUUUUCAGCAGUGAAAUGAUUUUUCUUCAGGUAUGAAUUGAUUCAUAUUCAGCUAUAUAUUGGUACAUAUCCAGGUGUAAUUUGCAUUAUAUUUAGGUGUAAUGUGGUUUAUUACAUUGACAUAUUAGAUUGCUUUUUUUAGUCUUUGACUAUCCUAAACACAGUAUAUAAAUAUUCCCGGUGUUAAUUGAUGAAGAAAGGUUCUUGGUGUGAAACCACUAAUGAUUUGUUGUUACAUGUACCAGCAACAUAGUUUAAUAGUGAUUUCAACUUGUACACACAUUCAGAUUUGUUGUUAGCCGAAGAGCUUUCUUACUUUGGAAAUUGAUAUUGUACUUUUAAAUGUAUGCGGUGUAACAACUGCGCACAUGUUCAGGAGCUUUUUGUGUACUUCUGAAACUGGCAUUAGGUUUUACUAUAUUUCUAUCUUUAAUUCAAACAAUUUCGUGUCAAAAUUGAUUGAAAGCAAUAGAUACGAUACUCUGUACACACAUACGCCAAAAAACAUAGAUUGUUUGAUUUGUUAACUAAAUCCUCCUCAAUACGUGUUCAAGGUCGAAAGGUUCAGGUAUCCCUGCAUCUGUAACAGGUCAUAUUGAUCAGACUGGGAGCCAUGUUGGAUUAAUAAUGAUGAAUUAUUUGGUGAGGGGCUUCUGGGCCAUUACGCUGCGCUAGCGCGCUAAUCAACUGAGCCACGGAGCCACCCCCACCCACCA